AUGCCGCUCCUGAAUAUCCUACAACAGAUCAAGCGGAAAGGCCAGAUUCAGCGGCCUGGCCAACCUGCGCUGCCUCAUUCAAAUGGGUCCCUGCUGCCACAGCUGAGGGCCAGCUCCACCACUCCUGUACCUUCUGAACGUCCAGUGGACCCUGUGGUGGCAAGGCUUAAAGCAGCUCGUAAAGCUGAAAGAGAGAAGAAAGAGGCAGAAGCACGUGCUAAGAAAGGUCAAGCUCCUAAGAAAGAGACCAAACCAAGAGCUCCAUCCAAACCUGGCCUGCGUCCAAGUCUGGCGCCUAGAGACAAGUCUAAGAGUCCUAUGGUGGCUGGUCCUUCACCAGCUACGCGAGAGAAGAAACCCAAGGUAUCGUUCUCACAGCUAAUGAAAAAGGCGUCGCUGAUCGACCAGAGCAAAAUGUCCAUCCAUUUGAAAGCCAAGACCAAAUCGCCAGAGCCUCGUCCAGAAAGGCGUAAGGCGGAAGGAGCAAAGCCUAGAUCGAGUAAUGGAGCUGACCCACGCAGAGAGAAGCGUCCUAAUAGUGUUCCUCGUGAAGGUCCUCGUGGUCCACCAGCUAGGGAAUCACCUAAUGCAUCAAGGGCUCCUAUCCCUACAAGACGACCAAACUCGCAGCUCGAGCAGCGGCUUCAACUGAAGAAGCCUUCCGUGUCAGGUUCUAGAGGUCGUGAGGAUGAGGACGAGGAGGAAUACGAAUCUGAUUUGGGUUCUUUCAUUGCAUCGGACGAAGAAGAACAGGAUAUUCCUCAGGACUACGAUCGUGAUGAAAUCUGGGCAAUGUUCAACAAGGGCAGGACGCGGCAGUUUAAUUAUGACGAUGAUUCGGAUGAUAUGGAAGCCACAGGUGCUGAGAUUUUCGAAGAGGAAGCCCGGUCGAAGAAGAGAGCAAUGGAAGAAGAUCGCAGAGAACAGGAGGAGGAACAAAGACUUGCCGAGCUCAAAAGGCGCCGCAAGAUGAAAGCAACGUAA